GUGUCGCCUCCACGGGGAAAAGCGCUCGGUUGAAAAAGCGCCGUUUAAAACCCAGCGCUACGAAACUAUUCGCGCGGCAUCAGGCGAUCUCAGCGGGCAGCCCAACGCUUGGGGGCUUUGGAGCGGCGGGCGGAAGUGACGCUCGCAGCACCGCCCACUCCCGGUCGCAGCGCUCGGCGCCCGUCAGGAUGGCGGAAAACGACGUGGACAACGAACUCCUGGACUACGAAGAUGACGAAGUGGAGAACGCGGCCGGGGGGGACGGGGGCGAGGUGCCCCCCAAAAAGGACGUGAAGGGCUCGUACGUGUCCAUCCACAGCUCCGGCUUCCGCGACUUCCUCCUCAAACCCGAGCUGCUCCGCGCCAUCGUGGACUGCGGCUUCGAGCACCCCUCCGAGGUGCAGCACGAGUGCAUCCCGCAGGCCAUCCUGGGAAUGGACGUGCUGUGCCAGGCCAAGUCCGGCAUGGGCAAGACGGCCGUGUUCGUGCUGGCCACCUUGCAGCAGCUGGAACCCGUCACCGGACAGGUGUCGGUGCUGGUGAUGUGUCACACGCGGGAGCUGGCGUUCCAGAUCAGCAAAGAGUACGAGCGCUUCUCCAAGUACAUGCCCAGCGUUAAGGUGUCGGUGUUUUUCGGGGGGCUCUCCAUCAAGAAGGACGAGGAGGUGCUGAAGAAGAACUGUCCCCACGUGGUGGUGGGGACACCCGGGCGGAUCUUGGCCCUGGCGCGGAACAAGAGCCUCAACCUCAAGCACAUCAAACACUUCAUCCUGGACGAGUGCGACAAGAUGCUCGAGCAGCUCGACAUGCGCCGGGACGUCCAGGAGAUUUUCCGCAUGACCCCGCACGAAAAGCAGGUCAUGAUGUUCAGCGCCACGCUCAGCAAGGAAAUCCGCCCCGUCUGCCGCAAAUUCAUGCAAGACCCCAUGGAGAUCUUUGUGGACGACGAGACGAAGCUGACGCUGCACGGGCUGCAACAAUAUUACGUGAAGCUGAAGGACAACGAGAAGAACCGGAAGUUGUUCGACCUGCUGGACGUGCUGGAGUUCAACCAGGUGGUGAUUUUUGUCAAGUCAGUGCAGCGCUGCAUCGCGCUGGCGCAGCUCCUGGUGGAGCAGAACUUCCCGGCCAUCGCCAUCCACCGCGGCAUGCCCCAGGAGGAGCGGCUCUCGAGGUACCAACAAUUCAAAGAUUUCCAGCGCCGCAUCUUGGUGGCCACGAACCUGUUUGGACGCGGGAUGGACAUCGAGAGGGUGAACAUCGCCUUCAACUACGACAUGCCCGAGGAUUCCGACACCUACCUGCACCGGGUGGCCCGCGCGGGGCGUUUUGGCACCAAGGGCUUGGCCAUCACGUUUGUGUCGGACGAGAACGACGCCAAGAUCCUGAACGACGUGCAGGAUCGGUUCGAGGUGAACAUCAGCGAGCUGCCCGACGAGAUCGACAUCUCCUCCUACAUCGAGCAGACCCGAUAAGACCCCCCGGUUCCCGCCCCUCCCCCACCGGGGGUUUUGUAGAAAAAAGCCAGAAAAAGACAAAAAAAAAGAAUAAAAA